AUGCCUGAAUCAGAAAAAGCUAAACAAUUAUCAGCUGUACUUGGAGUAAAUAUUCAUCCUGAACAAGUUGUUCUUGCUCAAACACCGUUACGUACAUUAACUAAUUUUCAUAAUAAACAUGUUCUUGUUUCUGGACAAGAUCAAGUUGAAGAUAUUGCUCGCAUGAUCGGUUUUAAAAGUAUAACAACAAUUGAAAAAGUUUGUGAAGCAUUUCCAGAAUUGGAUAUGGUUAAUCAUAUGAAUCGGGUUAAAUUAACUGAAAUGAUGCGUACUCGAGGUCUUGUUCAUGAUGAGAAUUUUCGUCCUAUUGAUGCUAUCGUUUUACUUGGUGAACCCAUUCAAUGGGAAAGAUCAUUACAAGUUAUUAUUGAUCUUCUUUUAACCGAUGGUAAUCCUGAUGUUGUACCACCUGAUUCAAAAAUUAAACAUGAUCAUAUACCUAUUAUUGCUUGUAACAGAGAUCUUGUAUUUCAAGCUGCUGCAGAUUUACCACGUUUUGGUCAUGGUGCUUUUCUUACAUGUUUAGAAACAUUAUAUAAAAGUAUAAGUGGAAAUGAUCUUAAAUAUACAGCAUUUGUUGGUAAACCAUUUGAAAUUUCAUAUCAAUAUGCUGAAACAAUAGCUAAUAAAAUAGCAUUAGCUAAUGGUCAACCAAAAAUUGAAAAAAUUUAUUUUAUUGGAGAUAAUCCAGAUGUUGAUAUUGUUGGUGCAAAUAUGUAUAAUAAAAUAUUACAACAAGCAAUCAAUUUAAGAACAAGUAUUAGUGGUUAUAAUUUAUUAUUAGAUUCACCAUUAUUAAGUGCAACAUCAUGUGAAUCAAUUUUAGUAUGUACAGGUGUUUAUGAACCAAAUAAAAAAAAACUUGAUGAUAAAAAUCCAUGGAGAUUACCAACAAAAGUUAAACUUGAUGUUUUGGAAGCUCUUAAAUAUAUUCUUCUAAAGGAAACAUGGCCAUAG